UGCCUUCAUUUUCCAAUACCACUCCUCAUUCUUCUCACUAUUUUUUCUGCCUACCUUAAAACCUAACUACCUUCGGCACCCUCCUCUGAUACUCUACUUUCCUACAAAUUCGAAUACAUUUUCUUUUUCCAAUUUCUUUCCUCUUUCUCGACGUAUUUUUAAUUUUUAAAUAAAGGGUAUUUUUAUUAAUUAAGAAUUAAGAAUUACCAAUAGAACUGAAAUCUUGGAACCCAGAAAAUAGAAGAGGAAGAGGAAGAAGAGCAGAACAACAAGAAGAGACAGAAAGGAGUGAAGAAUCAAAGCGGUGCCGUUUGAUGCUAAUUUGAUAUCUCAUCAUUUGUCUCAUCAAAUUGGGUUAAUUUUGGGGAAAAUUCCGGUGAUUUGUGUAAAUCUAGUGUAAUAAAGAUGGCAUUUGAUCAGAACUCGAUGCCAGCAGAUCUAAGACCCUUAAAUGUAGUUCGUAGUGUUGCCGAUGAAACCCGCAUUUCCCCAUCACCUGUCACCACCUCAGGUAGGCCCCCUGAUGGAUUUUAUCCAAACAUGACCCGAGUCGAUGUCGCUAGUCCUCCUUCAAUGCCGGUAUUCUUCACUGAUGGUUCUGGUGCUGGGAUCCCGGGCAUGGGGUUUGUAAAUUCAGGUGGGCCGAAUCUGGGCCCCGCUACCUGGUGGGCCCCGCGAAUGCAGUCUCCCAUGGGCCCACCUCCUCCUAGUAGUAGUGCUAGCAUUAGCUCAUCAGGGUAUGCCUACAACCAAAAUUUGGGGGCCCGAGUUGGUGGGGGUAGGAGUGGGAGUGGGAGUGGGAGUGGGAGUGGAAAUGUAACACAUAAGAGUCCUGAUCAAGUGAAUGUGGACGGAGUGGAUGAUUCUGUAUCAGGGAAGAAAGUUAAAUUCUUGUGUAGUUUUGGGGGGAAGAUACUCCCUCGUCCGAGUGAUGGAAUGCUUAGAUAUGUUGGUGGCCAAACUCGAAUUAUUAGUGUUAGGAGGGAUGUAACUUUUGGGGAGUUGGUUCAGAAGAUGGCGGAUACAUAUGAGCAACCAGUGGUGAUCAAGUAUCAGCUCCCUGAUGAAGAUCUUGAUGCCUUAGUUUCUGUUUCUUGUUCUGAUGAUCUUGAUAAUAUGAUGGAGGAGUUUGAGAAGCUGCAAGAGAGGUCUCCUGACGGGUCUGCCAAGCUAAGGGUGUUUUUGUUCUCUGCUUCGGAGCUUGAUCCUUCUGGUGUGGUGCACCUGCAGGGGUUGCAAGAUGCUGGGCAGAGAUAUGUGGAUGCUGUCAAUGGGGUCGCAGAAGGUAUUGUUGGUGGUAUCACAAAGAAGGAAAGCAUUGCAAGUGUAGCUUCAACUCAGAAUUCUGAUGUUAGUGUGUCAGAGGUCUUUGAGACAGCAAUUGGUCACGAUGUCAGUGGACCGCCAUCUGCCAGCAUGUUCUCUCCUCGAAGUGAUUCUGCUGCCUCUUAUGAUAAUACUCCUAGAUUGGAUGUUUCUGCCCCAUCCUUGAUAGUUCCUCACUCAGCAACUUCACAGCCAGAUAUUGAGGUAGAAAGAGUAGUUCCUGUUCCUGCACAUGGGCAGCAACAGCCUCUGGGAUAUGAUUUUCAGCAACCAGGCAUGAAUUUUCAACCUCACAAUUCCCCCUAUUUAGGUGGGUAUAUAGAUCCUCGCCGAGAUGCAUUGAGCCGUGGUGCUUCACAUGUGGUUUAUGCAAACCCCCAGGUUAUGGGUACUCCAAGACCCAUACUCAUUCAUCCACAAUAUCGUGAUUCCCCACAUUUAUUGAACCAACAGUUUGUACCUGGUGCAGUACAGAUGACAAUGGCUCCCACUAAUUCCCAUAUGAGCAUGAAUCCCAAUAUUCUUCAGCCAAUUGUACAGCCGUCACAGAGAGUUGUUGCUGAUCCUAACUAUAAUAAUGCAUACCAAGCCCCGGUUGGUGGAGGUUACGGGUGGCCCCAAGUCCCUCCACAAGACCAUGCAGCCUUAUCAAAGGGAUGGGUGACGCGUCAACAGGUAGUCCCUACAACAGCAGAUUGCUAUAUGUGUCAAAAGGCACUGCCUCAUGCACAUUCCGAUACUGUAGUACAUGACCAGAAAAAUAGUCAUACAACCAAUGUUUCUGAUACAAACCCGAUUUGUCAAAGCCUUCGUCUGGAUGAUCUUAAUAGAUUGCAUGCAGCUGCACAGAAUCAGGGAUUGAUGGGGUUAGUAAGUGAUGCACAGACUCCUUUCAGUGCCCCCGUGUCGUGUCCUGAAGAUGCUAUCCAGCAGCAUUUAGUAAGUCAACCUGUCAAUGGUGACAAUACUGCUCCCACUGGUGUUGCUUACCAUGCUCCUGAACAUUUUGUUCCCGAAACGACAGUAGACUAUUCUGGAAAGGUUUCGAGCUUGGCUUUUAGGGAUGAUGCCAUAAGGCCUGCUAUCUCAAAUGAUCAAGUUAGACCAGUGGAUCUCAGAAAGGAAAAUCUCCAAUUGAAACCUGCUGAUGUUCUACCUAGUAAUGAACAGGGUAAGUCCCAUAUUGAUCAACUUCGGGAAGAUGAUUUUUCGGAGCAAGUGCCUUCUCACACAUUGGGGAGAGAGCCAUUGGCAAGUUCUGCCUUCAUUAGACCUGCACUACUUCAGGAGACGAGCCAGAUGAACCAAAGUGAAUUUUUGCCAUCUUCCGUUGCUGAAGUUCAAUAUCAGUGUAAUGAAAUAUCACCCAGUAAUGAUCUGAGACCUGAAGCUACAAGAUUUCCUGCUGAGACUAUUGCUUUAAACAGUAAUAUGCAGUCUUCAACAUCCCCCCAUAAUUGGGGUGCCGUUGGGAAUGAUUCAGCAAACUCAUUGUUUAGUAACCAAGACCCUUGGAAUAUGCGGCAUGAGACUCAGUUCCCCCCUCCUAAACCUAGUAAAAGUGCUACAAAAAGAGAGACAUCUACUGCUGAUAAUUGUCAAAAUGGAGAAUUGAGCGCAGAUGCAAAUUUUGUUGAUGUUCAACCGACAACUGAACAAGUUCAAUCAGGCAAAGGCUCAGCUGAAGAGCGGAUCAAGCAACAGCUGCAAGCAACAGCUGAAGGGGUUGCAGCUUCAGUUCUCCACUCAUCUGUGCCAUCAAAUGUUGACUUUUCAUCACAAGAAACAAGUUUUUCUGAAGUGAGCCAUAUGAUUGAAGGUCAGACUAAUAGUGAUGCUGCUCUACAGACUAAGAUGGAGGCCAUGAAUAUUAAAUCUGAUAAGGCUAACUUUGGGUUUCCACUCUCAGAUGGCCUUGGUCGUUUACAGAUUAUUAAGAAUGGCGAUCUUGAAGAGUUGCGGGAACUUGGUUCUGGCACCUUUGGUACUGUUUAUCACGGAAAAUGGAGAGGAACUGAUGUUGCUAUUAAACGAAUCAAUGAUAGGUGUUUUGCUGGAAAGCCUCCCGAGCAAGAACGCAUGAGAGAUGACUUUUGGAAUGAAGCCAUUAAACUAGCUGACUUGCACCAUCCGAAUGUGGUAGCUUUUUAUGGUGUUGUGCUUAAUGGUCCUGGUGAAUCUGUGGCUACAGUUACUGAGUUCAUGGUUAAUGGUUCUCUUAGAACUGCUUUGCAGAAGAAUGAAAAAAACCUUGACAAAAGAAAGCGGCAUUUGAUUGCCAUGGACGUAGCAUUUGGAAUGGAAUAUCUACACUCAAAAAAUAUAGUGCACUUUGACCUUAAGAGUGACAACUUGCUUGUCAAUCUUCGAGAUCCACAUCGACCCAUAUGCAAGGUCGGGGAUUUAGGUCUAUCCAAAGUGAAAUGUCAAACGUUAAUAUCAGGGGGAGUGCGAGGUACCCUUCCUUGGAUGGCACCUGAGCUUCUGAGUGGCAGCAGCAGCCUAGUCUCUGAGAAGGUUGACGUGUUCUCUUUUGGUAUUGUUUUGUGGGAGCUUCUUACUGGAGAUGAGCCAUAUGCUGACCUGCACUAUGGGGCUAUUAUUGGAGGAAUUGUGAGCAACACCUUGAGGCCAUCAGUCCCAGUGAAUUGUGAUCCAGAUUGGAGAUCACUGAUGGAGAGAUGCUGGGCUGCGGACCCAUCACAGAGGCCAAACUUCACUGAAAUCGCCAAUGAAUUGCGCUGUAUGGCUGCCAAGAUUCCGGCAAAGGGGCAAACGUCAGUUACAACUACAAGAACAAACACCUAGUUGGCUAUUAUGUUUUUGGCUAUCAUUUAGCUGAUGCAUAGUUGGAUUAUGUAUAUUGGCCUCUGGAAAUUUGGCAUUAUAGUGUCUUAUGGAUAUGGUCCAUAUGGAUAAUCAUCCCCUCCCCCCCAAAAGAAAAAAAAAAAAAAAAGAGAAAAGAGAAGAAAAAGAAUUGUUGAAUAGGCAUUGAUUUACUACAUUUUCUUUAUUUAUUUAUUUAUUUAUUUGCACUCUGCCCCUCCCGAAUUUUCAAGGACUUUUUCGUGGAUAGCGGAGUAGUGUACAUAGCCUCAUUUUUGCGGGGUUUGAAGGUGUUUCUAACUCCAUUUUGUUUUGCAACAUGAAAAUAGGUAGACGAUACAGAACAUGUUUCAGUAAUCUAUGGGGAAUUGUGAUAAAAUCAUCUUUCCUAGGCUCAUUAUGCAAGAAAGAAAAAGACUGGAUUCUGUACAAUGCCAGGUUAUGCGUAAAGAAUUAAACCCGGUGAUGAAAUGCACAUUGCCUCGUGUAAAGCCGUGAGGGUACAAUAGCAGCCCUGAGGGAAAAAUAAACUCCCAACAGCUCGUGCAAACUUAACACCGGGAAUAGAAGCUUCUAUUAAAUUCCGAUACAUAUCAUUUUCCGAGAAAUAAUGUCCAAGUUUGAUUUCAUAAUUACACACCAAGUUGAAGAUUUAGAAUUUAAUGAUAACACGUGACCCACACAAGUCAGCAUCCCUUUGAAAAAUGAAAACCCUCCCGCGUUCGCCAUUUUAGACUUCAACUUGCCAUUUUCUUUGAUGCUUCCUCUCCCUUCUUUCUUUCCUUCUCUGCUUAAUUAUAUAAAAACUUAACUUCUCCAUUCAUCCUACCUCAUUAUUCUCUCUUAUUUUCUUGAUGGCUACACCUCAAGAAAAUGCUUUCUUGAUGCAGGCUGGCGAGUUCGAGUCAGAGGAACAAGGAUGUGGUUGCUUUCGAAGUUUCAGGGUGUUUACGAGCCAAAAUCAUGUAACAAACAGCGGUGAUCGACUGCAUCUUCUGCCCGAAAGGCGGGAAGAGAGAGAGUCAUGGAUGAUGAGACAGGUAAAGAAGUUAAGAGAGGUGUCAGAGUUGGUUGCUGGACCCAAGUGGAAGAAUUUCCUUAGGAAAAUUGGUGGCUACUUUAAUAAUAAGAAGAGGAAUGAUUUUCAAUACAAUUCUUUUGAUUAUACUAUUAAUUUCGAUGAUGGCAAUUACGACGAUGAUAAAGAUGGCAACCUUGGUUUCUCAUCUAGGUUUGCUCCCCCAGUUGUUCUUCAUGACAAGCCUAGAUCAUCUACUUGAUGUUUUUGUUGACUUCUGUGAAUGAUGUAUAUGCUUAAAAUUAAUUUGAUUCGGGGAUUCAGGAAUUUGCCUCUAUUAUGUUGCUUGGAAGACAUCCACUUCUAUCAAUGUUAGAAUGUUAUGCCUAUUACAUACGAAAUCAUUGUUGUUUUCUUUCAGCAUACUUCUAAUCCAAUCGGUUUUGUACAAAAGCAAUUAUGAUUAUUCUCAUGUGUAUAGUCUAAGAAAUGAAUCAAAUGAUUGAAGGCGAUGAGAUAAUACCAA